AUGAAGAUCUUGACUGAGAGAUGUUAUGCUUUCAUUACAGCUGCUGAAAGAGAAAUUGUCAGAGACAUCAAUAAGAAGCUCUGCAAUGUCGCUCUUGACUUCAACGAAGAGAUGCAGAAGGCUGCCUCAUCAUCAGAACUCGAGAAGUCAAACGAACUUCCAGAUGGCCAAUUCAUCACAAUUGGCAACAAGAGAUUCAGACGCUCAGAAGCACUUUUACAGUUAUCAUCCCUUGGUAUGGAAGCAUCAUGUAUCCACGAGACAAUUUACAACUCAAUCAUGAAGUGCGAUGUCGACAUCAGAAAGGAUUUGUACGGAAACAUCUUUUUGUCUGGUGGAAAUCAAUCCAAAAAUCAACUACAGACAAGAGAAGGAGAAAGUUGCAAAUGA